GCCUCCCUCGGCUGCUGUGCGUCAUCUCCGGGCGCGGAGAAAGGCCUGGAAAGGAGCGAGGCUGAGGGGUCCCGUCCGCCCCGGGGCCGGCCUGGGGUACAGAUGAAAAUGGCAACCCUGGGCAGAUCCUUUCAAGGAGUUUCUCCUGUUUCUUCUGUGGAGUUUCCUCAGGCUCCAGCAACUCUUCCUGACAGUACCUUCCAACCUGGAAUCAUACAGAGUGAAUCCCAGCCUGGCGCUAUUGGUCAUGAAUAUCCCCAACAAACCCUGGUGGCUAUGGCAGGGAACAGAAAUAAUAUAGUAGAAGGCUCUGACCUCAGCAGCUCAUACGUGCAAAGUAACCUGGACCUUGCCUCCCUAGCUGCAAGUGGAAGCUAUACUGAGGGCUUGACUGUUGCAACAGUUUCUUUCACAAACAGUGAAAACCCACCAGUCUUAUUGCAACAGCAGAGUUGCACCCAAGUUUCUCUUCGCUGUGGAAAGAAGCAUAAACUAGAGGAAGAGGUGGAUGGUUGCCCUGUGAAGAAGAAGAGACUGAUUGAAACUGUUCACUACUCUCCGAAUCCCAGCACUGAAGAGAUUCUCUGUGCAGGUCAGCAGGCAGCUGGGGAGGUUGCAAGGCAGUGCAUUGGUAGUCUUCAUGAAGCUGGCUUGUUAGAAAUUCCCUGUGAAGAUAUGGAUCAGACAAUGGGGGAACAUCAGUGCGAGGUUGCCCGCAGGAAGCUUCAGGAAAUUGAGGACAGGAUAAUUGAUGAAGAUGAAGAUGUUCAUGCCGAUGGGAAUACUAGCAAUCUGCCCACCCUUGUCCUGUCUGAUACUCUUCAAAAGGGGCUGAGGAGGGAUUUUGAUCAAGCCCUGACAAAAAAAAUAAUAGAGUCCAUGAGCCGUCCCUCCAUGGAGCUGGUGCUCUGGAAACCUCUCCCUGAAUUCCUCACAGACAAACUGAAAUCUGUUUCUGUUGCUAAAAACUACAAGCAGCAGGGGACAGAAGGUUGCCAGGCCAAGCAAUCAACUCUUGGAGCCGCCUUCCAACCACAAACUGAAACAUUCUCUGAAGCACAACAAACUGUGAUAUCUCCAGGACUAUAUAGUAGCUUGGGAACAUCUGGAUGUGUAGAAGAGGAGAUGGAAUUAUAGAAGCCAGAUUUCAGGCUGAAAUGGGGAUUUCUGAAGGUUUCUGUGGCUGAUUUUUGACUCCCUCUACCUUCCAGGUAUGAGGUGUGGACCUGAAGUUGUUGUUGUUAUUGGGGUUUUUUGUUUUCUGGUAACAACCAGAAGAAUCUGGAGUUGGGCAGUCGCAACUGUAGGAGAUUGAAGAAAAGCUUUAUAGUCUGUUAAAAGCAGCAUCUUUUACAAGAAGUCCAGUGGCCUUUUGAGCAAGGAAGAAGUUCUCCAAAUGGCUGCUUAGACCUGUCCUCUUAGUUGCCUUUGGUAAAGAGUAAAAUGCAGAGAUCGAAUGCAACAGUGGUUCAGACCACCCCUUAUACUUGGUGAGCCAUUAAGACUUUGGGGGAUAUGCUUGGCUCGUUCUGUUAGCUUCAUGAGAGGUUACUCAAAUGUACUGAAAGGAGAAGAUAUCUCUGACUAGUUACAGGAAGGAAAACAAUCCCUCCAUCUACUUGGCUUGACCUUAAAAUGUAAAUAUAGAAAUUAUCUGUGCAGCAGUGUGAUGGGGGUGAGAAGUUAUAACUGAACACUAGACUCGUAUGGUCUAGGUUUGGUAGAAAGUUAAAUCAGUGACUCAGCUGGAAGUUGGUUACUAAAUUUAGCCUAAGGGCCAGUUAAAAAUGUUCAGUUUUCUCUGAGCUAGUAAAGCAGAAGCCUAGAGGAUGUUCUCAGCUGAUUGAUUUGGCAUUUUACAUUGUGCUGCAGUUUUCCCUUGGUCUGAAUCAGAUUGGAAAGCCAGACAUGACCUUUGGUAAUAUUUCUGACAUGGCUGGUGCUGAAUUUACUGACACCUUUUGAUUUUAAUCUUGAUAAAUGAUGAUGUGUGAAUCAGAUACAGAGGAGCUGCUUUAACUGAGCUUUGGGUAAAUGUUGUUUCAGUAAGGGCCAAAUCCUACUUGCCAUACAUGACUAGUCUCAAACUACGUGGGACUACUUGCAUUAGUAAAGUGAGCAGAAUUCGACUCUAAGUAAACCUGGACUUAGUGGUUUAUGUAAACCAGGAACACUUGUGUCAUUAAAACUAUACUGUUUUUCUGAA